AGACUUAACAAUAUAUAUAUAAUGAGCCACACUUCUUUCUUGGCAUAAUCGUCCGUUCCUAAGCCAGAUCAACAGCCGCUAGAAAAUAUUUAAACAAUAUGAAGAACAUUUUAAUUGCACUUUUCCUUUUUACUAUUUUCGUUAGUACAAUUUGUGUUCCUGUAAGCGAAAUUGCUGUAGAAGAAUUGGAAAAUCAACAAGAACAUCUUAGAGUUAAACGGUUUACUUGUGAUGUACUGAGCGUUGAAGCUAAAGGAGUCAAACUGAAUGAUGCUGCCUGUGCAACACACUGUCUAUUCCGGGGUAAACGUGGAGGAUGGUGCGAUAAGAGAAGAGUAUGCAAUUGCAGAUAGAAGUUCCAAAGAAGCCAAAAAUAAUAAUUCAUAAACCUAUAACCAGUAUAUACCUCGAUUUACAUUAUGUUGUCAAACAAAUAAAUUAAUCUUAAUAUUUAUUAUAAAUAUAAUACAACUGACUUUUUUA